GAACCAGAUGUGAAAGAAGAAAGGAACGCAGUGCGGAACUGAAAGUGGAGGUGGAAAGGAGCAGGGUCAGUGUAUGCUCACUUUGCCUUGAAGUGAGAAUUUGGUGGAUAGGAGAUAAAGCUUGAAGUGCCAUCACCUUAAUCUAAAAUGAAGCUGGGCUAGGUGGGAAUCACCGCAGCUUUUACAGGUUUUGAUUAAAUCAAAUAACUGUUUCCGGCUAUUUAAGACCAGUGCGAUGAGAAAGAACCUGGCAUUAGUUAAGGUGGCUUCUAGAGCAUUUCCCAAUUUUUAAAUGUGUAUCCCAAUUAUAUUUUUAUACAGAAGUGAAACAACAUUACUAUUUGUAAUCUGAGUGCUUAAUAUUUUAAAAAGAUGGGUAUGCAGCAAUAUUUUUUAAAAGUAUGAUUUGUUCUGAGAGGCCUUCAGGAUGCAGUGACUUAGUGGUCCCCUUGAGAUCAAUAAAUACCCCAGUGGAGACAUUGGAAAGUGUUUAUUAUAGGUCUGAUAUUUUCUUCCCUCAUCUUAAAGAUUAGAGCAUCUCACUUUGAAGACUGGUUGUAGUAGGCUUUUCAAACAAGUCUGGUGUUCAAGGGAGGAUGUAAAGAUCAAAGACUGAACUAGUGGUUUUGGAAAUUGGCAGUGACAAAAAUAGGGUUCACCUGGAAGUGACGCUGUAGGUAGGGGUUUUCUCUGCAAGGAAUAGGAUGGUUCUAAUCUCUGCACCAAAGAUUCCCUCAGUCUGACAGGCAUUUCCUGAGGGUCUUUGUGGCAAAUUUGAGAUAUGGUAUUACAGAAGAUAUUACAGACCAAAGUGGAGAAAAAGAUGGGGUGUGGGGGAGGGGCCGGGGCCAGCUUCCUAGGGGUGAAGUGCUGAUCUCGACGCUCACGAGAUGCGGCCCCUCCCCCCGCCGCAGCUGCUGUGAUUACCUACUUCCUGCAGUUCCUUCAGGUGCUGCUGGCCUGUCUGCACGUACCCUUCCUUCCGCAGUUUUCUCCUCCCACGCCUCUAAAUACCCUAGGUCCACGUGAGUGACGCCUUCCAGCGACUGCAGAGAGAUCGCGCGGCCAGGGUACCCGGGCUCUGGCGGCGAAGGCGGGGUCUCCGGCAGCCCCAGGGCGGCGGCGAGGUGUGCAAGCGGACGCCUGUGGGCGGGCGCGUGGCGGUACGCGGCCAAUCGCCGCCGCCGUGCGAGCCCCUUAAGGCGGGCGGCGCGGCGGAAGCGCGUGGCAGCACGUGGCCACAGCGGCGCCCUCGGUCGAGCUGCGUGGCCAUGGACGUGGGCGCCGACGAGUUCGAGCAGAGCCUCCCUCUGCUGCAGGAGCUGGUCCUGGGCGCCGACUUCGUGGGUUUGGACAUAGAGUUCACGGGCCUUCGCUCUAACCUGUCCUGCCGCCAGCAGAUCAGUCUUUUUGACUUGCCCUCGGAGUGGUAUCUAAAGACCCGCCGUAGUGUUCAGCAGUUCACCAUCUGUCAGAUUGGAUUGUCUGUGUUCUCUAGUAUUGAAGGAGAGACAAACAAGUAUGUAGCCCAUUCGUGUAACUUCUUUCUCUUCCCGACGACAUUUGGGAUCUUGGAUUCAGAAUUCACUUUCCAGGCUUCUAGUGUUCAGUUUUUGAAUCAGUAUGGCUUCGACUACAACAAGUUUCUCAAAAAUGGGAUCCCAUAUAUGAAUGAAGAGCAGGAGAAGAAAAUUAAACACAACAUCCUGACUGGCAACUGGAGAGUUCGCAGUUCUCUGGACAAAGACCAAAUCAAGGUGGUGAUCGAUGAGGUGACACGGUGGCUGGACUCGGCGGAGGAGGGCGACUGGAUGACUCUUCCUGGUAUUGCUGGCUUCCAGGCCUUUGAGGUCCAGCUGGUACUGAGGCAGGCCCUCCCCGACAUCUGGACGGUCCUGAGAGACCAGGGGAUAAUAGUGAAAAAAGUGAAUAAACAACAUCGCUGGUAUCUUGAGAACACCUCCUGUGAUCGAGCGAGCUGUUGGAAGGAGAAGAUUCUUCUCUCUGCCCGGGGUUUUUCAGUGUUUUUCCAGAUGCUGGUGAAAGCCCAGAAGCCCCUAGUGGGCCACAACAUGAUGAUGGACCUGCUGCACCUUCAUGAGAAGUUCUUCCGGCCGCUCCCAGAAAGCUAUGAUCAAUUUAAGCUGAAUAUCCACAACCUGUUUCCUGUUCUCAUUGACACCAAGAAUGUGACCAGGGAUAUCUGGAAGGAACUGAAUUUCCCAAGGGUUUCAAAUCUUUCAGAAGUUUAUGAAGUCCUAAACAGCGACUUGAAUCCUACUAAAAAUUCCGGGCCAGAGGUCAUUCACGCAAGCAAGUGUGAGAAAUACGUUGAGACCAAGUACCCCCACGAGGCUGCGUACGAUGCCUUCCUCUGUGGAUCAGUUCUUCUGAAAGUGGCACACUUGCUCCUGUGGAGAGUACGUGGUACUGGCCCCAUGCCUGAGCCCUCCUUCCCUCUAUACCUCGACGUGCUGGCUCCCUACAUGAACCAGGUGAAUCUUAUCCGAGCCGGGGUCCCUAAGAUUAAUUUUUCGGGUCCAGAUUGCCCCAGUAUCCGACCUCCCAUCCUCCUCCUUCAUGUCCGGAGGUGGCCUGAGGUCAGCGAGCAGCAGGUCUAUUGGGAGUUUCAGAAUCUCUGCAAGUUCGAUGUGCGGCGACUCUCGAGGAGCCAGUUCCUGCUCUUGACCAAUAAGUUUAAGGAUGCUCGGAGCAUCCUGAAGGAGUACAGGGGCCACCCCACCCUGCAGGUCUCCCUGUACCGGUACUGGAGGCACUCCCCGAACAUCAACUGCCUGUUACAGGUCUGUGGCGUGGUCACCACCUGGGCCCUCCUGGCGCUUCUCCUCGGAAGACCUGACCUCUGAGUGCAGCCAGCAAUCCCUGUCCUAUCUCUGCACCGCCCGGGACAGCCAUCCGUUUGGGUUUUUCGUGGGUUUUGUUUGUGUAAAUCAUAUUUUACUUGCAGACCAGUCUGUGCGGUCCUUGUGAAGAGCUUUGUUUUGAAUGUGAAAUUCUGUAGCGAUUAUCAACGAUAAAGAAAUCCUUAGAUGUG